AUGGCCACAGAAUAUAUGUCAGGGGUGGCGAUGCUGCUAAAAUGGCUGCCUGUUGCACUGUGGGAGGGGGUGGGGGGUGACAUUUUAUUUCCAGCUAGGGGCUCUUCACCGCCGCUGGGUGGUUUACUGUGCUGAGAGGCUUGCUCACUUGGGACGAAUCACAAAUAUGGAAUGCAACACAUGGGGCUGUCUGGGUGGUUUGAUUGUCACGAUUAUCUUUGGGGUGGUUUGGCUGGAGGGAUAGGGUGACUUGCUUGGGGUGGUGCUGUAUUAUAAACUAACUUGGGAUGCAACAGGGACAUUUUCUGUCUUUCCUUCUGUCCUGCUGAGAGCUACUGUAAGGUGGAUUCGCUCAAUGUCUUAUUAUUGGAUCACGCUCAUGCUGUCCAUUCCAACACAGGGGUCAGAGCCAAUGAUAUCACAGCAAUUUUGUGAAAAUAAAUACAUUUGGUAUCUUAAAAAUGGCGAUAAAGUUUAACACAUAGGGAAAACCAUGGCAUUGAUUAUUAUUGAAUACACUGAAUUGUGUAUAUUGAAUACACUGAAUAAAAUAUCAGGCAACAUCAGUGUCCAUUUGCAUGAGAAACACUGACGACCUCUGGUGUUAGAAAAUGGUACUGCAUAUGUGUGAUUAUUUGUUAGUUUUUUUAAUCACGCUGAUCAUCUGAAUGUGAAUUGAUCCUGAAACAGACGAGGGUAUUUUCAGUAGAUCUUAACACUCCCUCUCUUUUUUUUUCUGUAUUCUCUCCUUCCCUCCUUCUCCAGGAUGUUGACAAGCCGUUGCAGGGCAGUGUAGCAGAGUUGACCCCCGUGUCCCCUUGCCCUUCUGGCCCUUCCUCCAAACGGAAGAGUACUGACUCCUCCCACCUCCACAUCAGGGUUCCAAAAUCCCUCCCACUCCGCAGAUCUGAGUCCUUCCCCCUCAAACUACUAUUGGCCCACUGGACUGAUGGGGGCGGGGCAGACCGCUGCACCCUCAGCCCCUACAUGCUCCGCCUCUCAGGGGCCGGUUUCACCUACUACGCACCGGGGCCAGAGACCUUUGUGUGA